AUGAGGCAUAGGCUCAAUCCACCGCUCGGUGAAGAGUGUUUUGGGACUUUGAGCUCUGCAGGGAUCGCUAAAACUACGGUCCGGGAGCUGCUAGACCAUGGUCUAGGCUGGGCUGCUAUGCUUAUAAACACAACGGUAAGUUCACAUACAAGUGAAAAAGUCAAAGCUUUUGCUAAGAUUUGGGUGAAAAAUGUUAAAACUCCGGUGAGUUUUGGCAGAAACACUCUUGUUGUCACUAGCUCACACCGGUUCGAUGUGUGCAGCAACGAUUUCGGCUGGGGUAAGCCAAUCGCCGCAAGAGCUGGACCACCAUAUCUCAAUGGGAGGCUCGUUCUUUUCCAAGGACUUGAUGAAGGAAGUCUUGAUCUACAAGCCUGUUUACCAUUGGAAGUGGUUGUAAAUCUAUUGAAAGAUGGUGAUUUCUUGGAGUACGUGAACACUGCAUGA